AGUCCGCGCAAAACGGAGUUUGGAAGUAACACCCGCUGGCGUCAAGAUAUAUCACCAGCAGAAAUAUAACAUGUCGAUUACCAACAGAUGUUCCACCACAUCUUGCACUCAUCUCUGCCUGUUGAUUUUUCGAGGAUACCAGUGUGCCUGUCCUGACGGCACUCUGUUCGAAGGAGGGAGCCUAGAAUCCUGCAACGCAGGAUUUGAGAAUCCCAAGCCCCAACCCGAGAGGUGUCUGUUCGAAAACAGAGGCUACUGCGAGUUGGCGGCGGGCAAAAUAAUCUGUAGAUGUCCAGAAAAUUUCGUGGGGGUACACUGCAGCGUGAUGGUGCAGCAGGGUGCCAUCAGCCUGGCCUCUCACAGUAAUACUGCAGCCAUUAUCAUCCCGAUACUGGUCAUAUUGUUGAUUUUGGUGACGGCCACGGGUCUUCUGUGUUUUUUCCGUCAGAAAAACUUGUAAAUUAUACUACUGGUGUGAUGGAUUUCUAAAUGGUGAAAACCCAUUGUUUUCACCAUUUAGAAAGACAUGUUUU